UAACCCUCACAUUUCUUUUCCUUCACAACUUCACAUUCCUCGCCUCCAUCAUCCAUAACGCUUCUCCCUCUCUUCUCUUCUCUCCUUAGGCCAUACACUCACACACAUUCACAUAAACCUUCUUUUCCCUCUCUUUUCUGUCUCUGUGUGUUUUAUCAUCUUAACCUUCUCAAUGGAAGGAUCUGGGGUUGUAACCGUCUAUGGCAACGGCGCAAUUACCGAGACUAAGAAGUCACCAUUCUCCGUGAAGGUGGGCCUGGCCCAGAUGCUCCGCGGCGGAGUCAUCAUGGACGUUGUCAACGCGGAACAGGCCCGCAUCGCCGAGGAGGCUGGGGCCUGCGCCGUCAUGGCCUUGGAGCGCGUCCCUGCGGAUAUCCGGGCCCAAGGCGGCGUGGCCCGAAUGAGCGACCCUCAGCUUAUCAAGGAAAUUAAGCAGGCCGUUACCAUCCCUGUCAUGGCCAAGGCCCGCAUCGGCCACUUCGUUGAGGCCCAGAUCCUCGAAGCCAUCGGAGUCGAUUACGUCGACGAGAGCGAGGUUCUCACCCUCGCCGACGAUGACAACCACAUCAACAAACACAACUUCCGCAUCCCCUUCGUCUGCGGCUGCCGCAACCUCGGCGAGGCCCUCCGCCGCAUUCGCGAGGGCGCCGCCAUGAUCCGCACCAAAGGAGAAGCCGGCACCGGCAACAUCAUCGAGGCCGUUAGGCACGUGAGGUCCGUCAUGGGUGACAUUAGGGUUCUCAGGAACAUGGAUGACGAUGAGGUCUUCACGUUUUCCAAGAAAAUUGCUGCUCCUUAUGACCUCGUUAUGCAGACCAAGCAGCUCGGGAGGCUUCCGGUGGUUCACUUCGCCGCCGGCGGUGUUGCUACUCCCGCCGAUGCGGCGUUGAUGAUGCAGUUGGGUUGCGAUGGUGUGUUCGUUGGUUCAGGAGUUUUCAAGAGCGGUGACCCUGCGAAACGUGCGAGGGCGAUUGUGCAGGCUGUUACUCAUUACAGUGACCCUGAGGUGUUGGCUGAGGUUAGCUGUGGGUUGGGUGAGGCCAUGGUUGGUCUCAAUUUGACGGACAACAAGGUUGAGAGGUUCGCUAAUCGGUCAGAAUGAGUUUCAUCACAUGCUGCUCUGUUGCUAUUGAUGAUUCUGAGAGGGUUUUCUAGUAGUGCUUUUAGUUCUUUGUUAUUUCAUUAUAAUAAGCUUAUGUUCUUGCUUCUUAUGUUUGAACCAUGUUAGUUGGCAGAAGAGGAAAAAAAAAAAAAAGCUAGCAAUUUGGGCCUUGUAAUAUGCCGAUACUUGUUUUACACAUUCAACGUCAAAGUGUUUCAUCAAGUAUGUCGAGUCAGUGCAUUCAUCAUAAACUAUAAGCAUUCUCGUUUGAAUAUUGAAUUCUAUUGUUGAUUUUGGAUGCC